AUGGAUGCCCAAGUGUUAACUGACUGGGAACAAUGCGACAAAACCGAUACUCUGUUCGUGGUCAUCUGCAGUGUCAUUUGCUGGACUAUUAUACCAGCAGUUGGCCUGGGUUAUUCAGGAUAUUCAACCCGACAUAAUUCCCUGGCAUCCUUCUUUCCAGCAUUACUUGCGGUAAUCUGUGUCUCCUUACAGUGGUACAUCAUAGGCUAUUCCCUGGCCUACAGCGAGGGCAACGGGUUCAUUGGUGAUUUACAAUAUGCUUUUCACCGAGGCGUUCUAGCAAAACCAGUGGGCACCAUUCCAGCCAUCUUGUUCAGUGAAUUUCAGCUUAUCUUCGCUGCCACCGUGGCUGCGAUUGCCAUUGGAGGCACUUGUGAACGAGGCAGACUCCUUCCUGUAGCCCCAUUCAUUUUCCUGUGGGCCACCUUCGUAUAUUGCCCACUUGCACACAUGGUAUGGGCAGAAUCUGGCUUCCUGAAUAAAUUGGGAGUCGUCGAUUUCGCCGGUGGUACCCCUGUACACAUUUGCAGUGGUGCCACUGCGACAGCUAUUUCAGUCUACCUCUCACACCCUCUUUUCCGUUCAAGAAAGUCCAAUAUCCGGACACCAUCGCAUUUGAAGCUCCACAAGCCACAUAACACAAUGUCUCAACUAAUAUCCCUAAUCAUUAUCUGGGGGUCAUGGCUUGCCUUCGACGCUGGCACUACGUUGAGCUUCAAUUUCAAAUCAGUCUAUGCUCUAUGCAUUACCAAUCUCUGUGCAGCUGCCGGGGCCUUAACCUGGAAUCUGAUGACUUACUACGAAAGUGGCAAAUUUUCUCUUGACUCUACUUUCCUUGGGGCAAUUUCAGGCCUGGUGAUGAUUACCCCGUCAGCUGGAUUUAUCAGCAUGACAAUGUCCUUUUUCUUCGGCGUUGCCGGGGCCUUAAUCUGUCGACAGGCGCUACGGAUCAAGUUCACUUCACUCGCUCACCGUCUUAAGUGGGUCGAUAACGGUGACACAUUUGCUACACACUGUGUUGGAGGUUUGGUAGGGACUCUCGCUACUGGUCUUUUUGCCAGUCGAGAGGUGGCUGCUUUUGAUGGAACAACUGAAAUCCCUGGUGGAGUUUUCAUCGACGGUAACAUUAAUCAGAUCUUCCUUCAGAUUCUUGAAGCUACCAUCGGUUUUACAUGGACCUUUGGGAUUUCUUAUCUCAUUUUUGCCGGCCUAGACUGUAUCCCAGGUCUAGAAGUUCUGGCCAUAGACGAGUAA